AUUUUCUUUCACAGAGUACAACGGCAAGCAGCGGAGACGUGAUUCAAUUCGAACAAAAACUUGUAUUUCAUAGUUUUUCUUUUCCAAACGACAAACAACCACCUUUUCUCUUAGUUCAACGGACGAUCGAAACGACCCACAUUCUUGUUAGAGUUAUCACUUCGAGCAAAAUAGAAACAUGACGGCCGCGACAACGACAAUCGAUGCCAGCGCGGCUCCUAUCAGCGUCGAGGAGUCCGCUGUCUCUGUUGUUGAAACUUUCACUUCGAAGACGGGUUCAUCUUUCCGCUACGUCCGCAUCCCAGCGGACAGCAGUAAGCCAAUCGAGGAGUGCAUUCAUACGGGCGUGGCGGAGUUGCAGAACGACAGCUUCAUCGAGAAACUGAAAAAAGAGUUCACUGACAAUGGCGAGUGCAACCCGGACAUCCUCAAGGCGGGUCUUGCGCACCACGCCAAGGACAAGGAGGCCGUGAAGAAUUUGACCGAUGAUAUGAUGGCCCAAAUCAUGAAGAUGGCUACGAUCGACAUUUUUCCAUUGCUUCUACCUUUGGAUAAGGUCGGGAACAAGGGCGUCUCGGUCUACGUGGACGACAAGGGUGUCGCAAAAAACUUGCCGUUUAACGAGCGCGCAUCGUUCUUUGCACGCGAAAUCGGCUACGCAAACCAGGAAUUUCGUGGCGACGCCUACGUCGCGAGAGUGGAGGACAGUGAAGCCAAGGACAUCUGGCGCAGAAUCGACUUCCCGCUGGCGGAUUUAAGGUAAAUGUUUCCCUAUAGAAAAUCUAAACAAGAUAAUCAAUAUACUGACAACAAACUACUGGUCUCCGUAAUUGUAUCUGCAACUACAUUAGUUCAAAUAUUGAUUAUUUUAAUGUCAAUCUGAAUCUUUCCCGAUAGCGAAUAAAUCACAAUCACUUUCAGUUCCACCGCGUCGUGGGUCGCCCAAGCGAAGGAGCAGGUAAAGAACAAGAAGUCACAAGGCGAGGUCAAUGACUUCAAGAACAUGAUGACGAAUAAUCCAGCGAUGGUCAACGGAAAUACUCCCGCACUCACGAAUGGAGACAGAGUUACCAGAGAGCACGGUUACUUCUGGCGGGAUUCCACCGACGAUGUCGAAGUGACUUUCUACGUCAACAAGGAUGAAGCAACUGAACCAACUGCAGCAGAGCAAACAGAAGAGGAAGCCGCAAAAGGAGCCAGUGCUCUCGACAAAAAGAAGGUCAAGGUAGCGUUCAAGAAAAGCACACUCACCGUCAGCUAUGACGGAAAACAGCUGUUUGGUGCGGAGGCGUUGAGCAAAACAGCAUCGCUUUUCGGCACUGUCGACACUGAGGAAUGCACGUGGAGCAUCGUCGACAAGGUCAAGCUCGUAGUCACGCUUGUGAAGCAGAAGCCGGAAGCUUGGAAGUCGGUGGUGCCGGAAAGUAAGUAA